GGGGCGAAGUACAAGGUCGGCGUCAGCCGGUCAGGUUGAGUGCGGCAGUUGGGUGCCGUGUAUGAGGAGCGGAAGGAAGAUGGGCACCGCGGAGGCCCCGAGUACCGAGCUGAUGGAGGAAUACGCGGGCGGCAGUCCGGAGGGAGUCGGUGUGCCGCGGUUUGGCUGGAGGAUCUGCCUGGCCCAUCAGUUCAGGGAGCAGAGAAAGCCGUUCGAGGCCAGCGAUGUCUCCAUGUCACAUAUGAUUGACCACCUGGGCCUGGGGAUCCGUUAUUUGAAAUGGUGGUACAGAAAAACUCGAAUAGAAAAGAAGACACCUUUUAUUGACACUUUUAAUUCUAUUCCAUUGCGUCAGAUUUAUGGCGCUCCACUAGGUGGGUUUGGAGGGGGUUCCAUUACAAGGGGAUGGCGAGGGGAGUUCUGCAGAUGGCAGCUAAACCCAGGAAUGUACACUUAUGACACUGUGAUUGAGAACCAGUUUACUGUCUGCUUAAGAAAGAAUGGACAGACUAUUUAUCAACAAGUACUUUCUGUUGAGAGACCUCACAAGCUGCAGUGUUGGAAUUGGGGAUACUGUGGAGAAUAUGCUUUUUACCAUGCUCUUUAUCCACGUGCAUGGACGGUUUACAAACUUCCGGGGCAAAAUGUAACUUUGACAUGUCGGCAAAUAUCUCCAAUUAUUCCGCAUAAUUAUAUGGACACUAGUUUGCCAGUUGGAGUCUUUAUAUGGGAAAUUGAAAACCAAAAUGAAGAGGACCUGGAGGUUGUGCUUAUGUUUACUCUGAGGAAUGGUACUGGAACCAAGGAUGAUCUGAAAGGCGGGCACUGGAAUGAGCCAUUCCAUUUCAAUAAAGAAGAAGAGCACAUUUCAGGAGUGUUGUUGCAUCAUGCUGCCCCUGUAAAUAAUUAUACAAUGGCAAUUUCAGCCAGACAUAAGCAAGGUUUAGUAAUUAGUCACCAGACUGAAUUUAACCCGAAUGGCAUGGGACAAGAAAUCUGGAAAGAUCUGCUUCAGGAUGGGAAAUUAGAUUCUCUACCAGGAAAAGGUAAACAGACAGACAAAGGGCAAGUCAUUGCAGCAGCUAUUGCAACUACCUGCAUUGUGCCAGCACGAAAGCAAAAUGUCGUUGAGUUCUGUCUUGCGUGGGACAUGCCCAAGAUCCAUUUUGGAUCAAGGGAAAAAGAGCAUGCAAGGUGGUACACACGUUUUUUUGGGACAAGUGGAGAUGCUGCUCCUGCUUUGAGUCACUACUCCUUAACGCAUUACAAGCAAUGGGAACAAAAGAUUGAUGAUUGGCAACAUCCAAUUUUAGAAAAUGGCCAAUUACCUGACUGGUACAAGUCAGCCUUAUUUAAUGAACUAUACUUCAUAUCUGAUGGAGGAACAAUUUGGCUUCAAGUGACUGGUGAUUUAAAUAUAACAAAUGGCUUGACUGAUCGGAGGGAUCAGCUUCCGCCUCUACCCAAAGUGAUGAAGGAUUAUGGACGGUUUGCAUAUUUAGAAGGACAGGAGUAUCGAAUGUACAAUACAUACGAUGUUCAUUUUUAUGCGUCAUUUGCACUAAUUAUGCUAUGGCCCAAACUGGAACUUAGUCUGCAGUAUGAUAUUGCUGCUGCUGUACUGAAGGAGGAUAAUACACAGCGAAUACACUUGAUGAAUGGUAGAUUGGCAAAAGUGAAUACGUCAAAUGUAGUUCCACAUGAUAUCGGAGAUCCGGAUGAUGAACCAUGGGAAAGAGUCAAUGCUUAUUUGAUUCAUGAUACAGCCGACUGGAAGGAUCUCAACCUGAAAUUUAUUCUACAAGUUUAUAGAGACUACUAUUUAACUGAUGAUCUUACAUUCCUUAAAGACAUGUGGUCUAUCUGCCAGGCUGUCAUGGAUUCUGAACUGAAGUUUGAUACUGAUGGAGAUGGACUUAUUGAAAACUCUGGUUAUGCUGACCAGACCUAUGAUGGUUGGGCUGUAACGGGACCUAGUGCCUACUGUGGCGGGCUAUGGUUAGCGUCUGUGUGUAUUAUGUGCAAGAUGGCUGAGAUACUUAAAGAAGAAGAAGAAUACAAAAAAUACAGAGACAUACUAGAAAAAGGAAAAGAAGCUUUUGAGAGGAUCUUAUGGAAUGGGAAGUACUACAAUUAUGACAGUAGUAAGAAAUGCUAUGCAAAUAGUGUGAUGUCAGACCAGUGUGCUGGGCAGUGGUUUGUGAGAGCAUGUGGCCUUGGAGAAGGUGAAUACGAGGUAUUUCCAAAAGCUCAUGUAUUAUCAGCACUAAAGACAAUCUUCGACUUGAAUGUAAUGAGUUUUGCCAAUGGGACUAUGGGUGCAGUAAAUGGAAUGAGACCCAAUGGUACAAUAGACACAUCCAGUGUCCAAUCAGAUGAGGUUUGGAUUGGGGUAGUCUAUGGUCUGGCUGCCACCAUGAUACAAGAGGGACUUGUCAAUGAAGGUUUCAAGACUGCAGAAGGUGCAUACAGGACAGUAUGGGAACAACUUGGCAUGGCUUUUCAGACACCUGAAGCUUAUUGCAAAAAGAACAUUUAUCGUUCAUUGGCAUAUAUGAGACCUCUGAGCAUUUGGAGUAUGCAGCUAGCACUGGACAAAAUGCAUGGGUGACUUGACUUGUUUGACAUUCAUAUUUGUAAAUGAUGAGUGAGCUUCAGAUUUGUCAUUUACUUUCUUUAGUCAGUAAUGCACCUCCAAACCCUAGCAUCAAUUAGAGCUUUGACUAUUUUCCAAAUAUACCACUACUUCAUUGUAUUACAGUAAUAUGCAAAGUGUGCAAAAUAAUUAUAAAAAUAUUCCUCAUUAAAGAGAAGAUGCAAGAUCAAUUGUUUUCAUUCAUGUCAAAUGAUGUCCUAAAAAAUUUAAUCAAGCACACUUCGUUAUAACUUUAAUUUAUAUUAAAGCCCUGAAAAAUGUGCACCAGAUUAAAACAGUUCAACAGCAAAUUAAUAGUAAUAACAAAAAUUGAUUAUAUUAUGUUUUCAGAUUUACGUGAGCAUCUUAAAUUAAUGAUGUUCAUUAUGCAAUACAAGGCUGAACCUAAACCUUUCAAGCAGCCUUGCCAUUUUUUUUAAGACAAAAAGAGCACAUUCCUGUUUUUGAAAGUUGACAGCAAAACAUUGAAACCUUUUUUAGGCAUAUGGUCACUGGUGCAGGAGAAUGUCAAGAUAAUACUUCACUUGGAUUUAUUUCAAACUAUGAAGUACUCAUGAUUUCUGGCUCAGAUAGUUCAAUCAUUAAACAACUUUCCUAAUAUCUUCUUUCCAGAUGUUAUAUUUUAGGUCCUGAAGGAUUUGCUUUAUGAAUUCAAAGGCAUAGUCUAAAUUGAAAUGUUUGUGAUGAAUAUGGAUGAUCACUAAAUUGUAUAUUUGCACUUUGUUUAUACAAUCAAUAACAAUCAUUUAGAAAAUCAAUGCAAUUUUACAAAACAGUUGUGAAAAUGUUGAUUUGAAAUGUUUCUCAGACAUGUCAAAUUUUUCUGGUUGAACUUACUUUUGAACUGAAGAGUUUUAAACAAAGCAGUACUGUGUGUUAAUCUUUUGUUUUUUAAACUACCCUCAUUUGGGUAUGUAACAGACUUUUGACACCAAACUUGGUCGGGUUACUAUGCAUGAAAUAAUAAAUUGUACAUUUUUGUGUCUGUA